AUGAUACUAUUUGAAGAAGGGCAUGAUAGAAAGAAGGAUGAACUAUCGUAUUCUGAAUUCCAAGCACCAUUAAUAGAUCCUAAACAGAUUGCGGUUGAUAAUAUUAUACCCCAUGGUUAUGAUGCUGGUACAUACAAGAAAGAAGAUAAAACUACUACUAAUGUAGCAAACACUAAGGAAAUCGAACAGCCAUUGAAAUUUGAAGUAUUUAAAUCGUACGAAGCAGACAACGCAAGGGCAUCUGAAGUACAUAACCCAAAGAAUAGUUUAAGUGCGCUUGUGAAAAAUGCAGAGAGAAAUAAGAAAACGUUCGAGGAACGUAAUAAACGUAUCAAAGAAUCAAACCAAGCCUCUAAGAGACAAUAUGGUUGGUAA